CAGGCUGUCUCGGUCCUUCCUCUCAGCAGCAUGGCUCCAAAGAAAGUGGAACCGAAGAAGGCAGAGGUGAAGAAGGUCGAGGCGAAGAAGGAGGAGCCUGCUCCACCUCCCAAACCUGCAGAGCCAGAGGUUAAACCUCCGGAGGUGGACCUGAAGAGCAUUGUGGUGGAGUUCAGCCCCGACCAGAUCGAAGAGUUCAGAGAUGCUUUCACGCUGUUCGACGAGACGCCAACAGGCGAGAUGAAGAUCACCUUCGCUCAGUGUGGAGACGUGAUGCGAGCUCUCGGCCACAACCCCACCAACGACGAAGUGCUGAAGCUGCUGGGGAGGCCAAAGGCAGAGGAGCUGCAUGUCAAGCUGCUGGACUUUGACACCUUUCUGCCCAUGCUGCAGCAUGUGGCCCGGUCCAAAGAGCAGGGCACCUUUGAGGACUUCGUGGAGGGUCUGAGGGUCUUCGACAAGGAGGGUAACGGCACAGUGAUGGGCGCCGAGCUGCGCCACGUCCUCUCCACGCUGGGAGAGAAGAUGACGGAGGACGAGGUGGACCGGCUGAUGGUGGGACAGGAGGAUGCAAACGGACACAUCAACUACACUGAGUUCGUCAAACACAUCAUGGCUGGUUAGAGAACACUGAUGAUUCUCCUGGUUCUGCUGAUGGACUGAGGUUCUGUCCGUCUCUGGUUCUGCUGUAUUACAUUUUUCUGUAUGGUCCACACUGUCUGUCAUUAAACACCUUCAGUCCUUCUCA